AUGAUUUGGGAACGAUGUGGAGAUUACCUUUGCCUUAAUAUUACUAACAUCACCUACAAUCUACCAGAAAUUUUGUCUAAAAGAGAGAUUUUAGCUACUACACACAAAAUAUUCAACCUUUUAGGAAUAGCUUGCCCCGUAACUCUUGUGCCGAAACUUUUACUUCAGCACUUAUGGGAAGUUAAGUUAUCUUGGGACCAAAAAGUUGAUUCAAAUUCAAAAUCACAAUUUUGUAAAUGGUUGAAUGAUUUGCAGUAUUUGGAAAGAAUGAGAAUACCAAGAUGGUUAAACUGUGAUUGUGAGAUUGAAAAUAUCUCACUUCAUUUCUUCAGUGAUGUGAGUAAACUUGCAUAUUCAGUUGUGGCCUUUGUUCGAGUACAAACAAGAGAUUCAGUUCAAGUUCAUUUGGUGCAAGCUAAAGCGAGAGCUGCACCCAGCGGAAGAAAAAGGACAACUUCUUGGAGCUACAAUAUGUACACGUUUAGCAUCCAGCAUAAUACCUGA